UUGAACAGUAUUCAUUUAUGCAGAGCUCUGGCUUUAUCUCUUCUACAUACAUGGAUCGUCAUCUUGACAUCAACGAAAAGAUGAGAUCUAUCCUUAUUGACUGGCUUAUGGAGGUUAAUGCUCUUGAGUUGUUCCUCUGAAGGAAAAUGUCGUUCACUUUAUUCCUAACCAUCAAUCUUAUUAACCGAUUCUUGGAGCGCUGCACAUUGGUCAGAAAGAAACUUAAAUUUGUUGGUGUCACAGCAAUGCUGCUAGCAUGCAAGUAUGAGGAGGUCUCAGUCCCAAUAGUGGAUGGCUUUGUCCUCAUAUCAGACAGAACUUACACAAGGAUGGAAGUCCUUGAAUUUGAGAAACUGAUGGUGAAUACUUUACAAUUUGAUAUGUCUGUGCCUACCCCUUAUAUGUUCAUGAAGAGAUUUCUUAAGGCAGCAUUAUCUGACGAGAAGUUGUGAAUUGAACCGCUUGAGCUUCUCUCCUUCUUCAUCAUUGAGCUGUGCCUAGUCGAGUACAAGAUGCUUAAGUCACCAUCUUUACUUGCUGCUGCAGCAAUUUACACUGCUCAGUGUAGUCUCUACUGGUUUAAGCAAUGGUCUAAGACCAGCGAGUGGCGUACCAGCUACACAGAAGAUCAGCUUUUGGAAUGCUCAAGAAUGAUGGUUAGUUUCCAUCAGAAUGCUGGAGCUGGGAAACUCACUGGAGUUCACAGGAAGUACAGUACAUUCAAGUUUGAUUAUGUAGCAAAAGCUGAAACUGCCUUAUUUCUCUUAGGUCUCUGACAGUGCUAACAAUAUAGUUUGCCAAUGGAAGGAGUUAUCUCUGCAUGCAACUGGGAACACAACUACUCUUUUUGAAUACAUUUGAGGCAAAAAAACUUCAACGUCUUGUAUAUUUGUGGUCUUAUCCUAUACAUUUACUUUGCAUAUUGCGAUUUCGAAUGAAAGAUAAACCUGGCUAUUUCUUUGAAAGAAGUAACAAAAUAUAUUUUAGCCUGUUAUCUGCGUAUUUGUCCUCGUCAUUUGUUGCAGCUGUGGGGUGAAAACCAGAAAAACAGCAUAUUCUUAACUUUGAUUUAAACUGCUUAACUUUUGCUCACAAGAGUAGCUGCACUGUAUCAAGACUCUCAAUU